AAAGCAUGUGACAAGUUCGUGAGCCCAGAAUCGAAGGUGUUUGCACCACAACUUUCUUCUCCACUUCCGCAGCCGUGCAUAUCCGCACAAACAGACAUAUUUCUGCACUCUGUCCUUGUCUCUUCUUGUCCACAAUGGUGACUGCCUUCGCGACCUCUGACGAACUCGCCACCCCGUGUACCUACUACACGCUCACGUGGGGAGACGCCGCUGCGGCGCCCAAGAAAGCUGCGGUGGACGACGAUGAUUUUGAUUUGUUUGGUGAGGAGAGCGCGGAGGACAAGGAAGCAGUGAAGAAGCUUGCAGAGUCAAAGAAGAAGGAGGCGGAAAAGAAGAAGAAAGUUGUGAUCAACAAGUCUAUGUUGGUGAUUGAAGUCAAACCCGCAGAUGCAGAUACCGAUCUGGAUGAUGUCUGCAAGAAGGUCAAGUCGAUUCAAAUGGAGGGUGUUACAUGGGGUGAGGGUAUGAAGAAAGUUCCGGUUGCCUUUGGCCUCUUCAAGCUCCAGGUUCAGUGCGUCAUUCUGGACGAUGUUGUUAACACAAACGCAUUGGUUGACGAAAUUGAGGAGAUCGGCAUGACAGAGGAAGAGAAACAGAAGCGGCGUCAGAAGGAAGAAGCUGACGAUGAGGACGAUGACGAGGAGGAUUUUGGAGGUCUUGUUCAAUCUGCCGAAAUUGUCUCUUUCAACAAGCUUUAGGUUGCACGCUACUGUGUCAGUUACCUGCAAUUUGCUAUACCAAGAAAUGCGUUUUUCGUUGUUGCAUGUGUGUCAGAACUCCUACGUGGAGAAAACAGUCCGGGACUUCGACACGUUUCCACUUUCAGAUAUUGUUUUGUGGACCAACAAAAUGCCGCGCACAACUUCAGUUCUUUGAUGCCGACGCAUCCGAAGCACGGCGGUAUCGGAUAUAUCCACAAAUCUAACGUGGCGACACCAAACGACCAUCAGUUCAGCUCUGAUUCCAAAUAGUGUUGUAAGAAUGCAAAAGGAAGCAUCGUGAUUUCUGGUCAGUCUUCGACGGCUUAUUUUACUGAAACCACCGUUACCAGUGCCCAAGCAUACCGCGGCUGUUUAACGUAGACCUCUUUACCGAAAUUAUUAACUCUUUUAG